AUGAACCUACUGGAUCUUCUGGUCCAGAGCAGAAGGACAGAAUCCUUCUGUUUGCUUGUCACGGGUCAUAAAGUGAACAUGUCAGCCAAGGUGAUAUUUGGAAAGGGCCGCCUCACUCCCAUGCAGCUCUCCUUCGCCUUCCCUCAGUCAGAAAGCCUGAGGAAAAGUGGCCGGUCCUCAGGAGGGAAGAGGAGGAUGUUCUCUUUUUCACUCAGAUGUCGCCUUGGCAUCAUCAAAGGCAGAGAUGAAGGCCCAUAUUCAAAGGGGAGCAAGGAGUCCGGAGGAACUGACCAAUCACAUUUGUCCAGCAGGCACAGCCUUUCAGCUGCUGCUGCUGCUGCGACUGUCGAUGACUUUAUACUUGCACAUGCUUGCGUUACCAACAACAUGUCACUUUCACACAGGAGCGACCAGCUGAAUGUAGGAGACUACAUCAAGUCCGUGAACGGCAUCAACCUGUCCAAGCUUCGCCACGAUGAGAUUAUCAGCCUUCUGAAGAACAUCGGGGAGCGGGUUGUGCUGGAGGUGGAGUACGAGCUGCCUGCAUUCGUCCAGACCCCCCCAGCAGGAGUCACAGCCAAAACCAUCGAGGUGUAUUUACACAAGGAGGGAAACAGCUUUGGGUUUGUCAUGAGAGGAGGCUUCCAUGAAGACUGGCGCCGGUCUCGUCCUCUGGUGGUUACGUAUGUGCGACCUGGUGGACCUGCUGACAGAGAGGGCACUCUGAAGGCGGGAGACCGAGUAUUGAGCAUCGACGGGAUGCCUUUAAACAGAGAGAAGCACGCUGACGCUCUGACCAUGCUGAUGCAGAGCAGCCAGGAAGCUCUGUUCCUGAUUGAGUAUGACGUCUCUGUCAUGGAGUCAGUGCAGCAGGCCUCGGGCCCUCUGCUGGUGGAGAUAGUGAAGGGUCCCUCUGCCAACCUGGGGAUCAGCCUCACCACAACAAUCUACAGGAGCAAACAAGUUAUCAUCAUUGACAAGAUAAAGCCAGCCAGUGUGGUGGAAAGGUGUGGCGCUCUGCGUCCAGGUGACGUCCUCCUGUCCAUAGACGGCACCAGCGCGGAGCACUGCUCGCUGCUGGAGGCCACGCAGCUGCUGGCCAGCACGUCCGACACUGUCAAACUGGAGAUUCUUCCAGCCAGUCAGAGCAGACUUCCUGUCAGGCCACAGGACACAGUAAAAGUGCAGAAGAGCAACCAUUAUCACUGGGACCAAAGCAGCAGCAACAGCAACUACUGUCACCCCCCACAUGCCAGCCACAGCAAGACAUGGAGCAGCCCGAGCCACCCACACAACCAGCAAGACCACUGCAAAUCAGUGGUGAGUGGCGGCUUCUCUCCUUCCUCCACAGCCACCUCAGGCUUCAGCAGCCAAGGCAGCAACACGCUGCCCUGCCCCGUCCCUCCUGUGGCCCCCACCAGCCCCCGCGGCUCCACUGGCAAGAGGAGGAACAGGAGGAAGGACCACAAGAGCUCAUUGUCUCUGGCGUCCAGUUCUGUCGGGCCAGGGGGGCAGAUUUUUCACGUGGAAACGAGCGAGGUCUUCCUGAGGGGGGAUCCGCUCACAGGUUUUGGGAUCCAGCUGCAGGGCGGUGUCUUCGCCACAGAAACCCUGUCUGCUCCUCCAGUCAUCCGCUUCAUUGAGCCUGACAGUCCAGCUGAGAGGUGUGGACUGCUGCAGGUUGGAGACAGACUGUUGUCCAUCAACGGGAUCCCAACUGAAGAUGGCACUUUGGAGGAAGCUCAUCAGCUGCUCAGAGACUCCGCUCUGGCCAAUAAGGUCACGGUAGAAAUUGAGUUUGAUGUGGCAGAGUCAGUGGUUCCGAGCAGUGGCACCUUCCAUGUUAAACUGCCCAAAAGAAGAGGAGUGGAGCUGGGCAUCACCAUCAGUGCAAGUAAGAAACCGGGCAAACCCCUGAUCAUCUCUGACAUCACUAAAGGAAGUAUAGCACACAGAACGGGCACUCUGGAGCCUGGCGACCGACUGCUGGCCAUCGACAACAUGCGUCUGGAGAAGUGCACCAUGGAGGACGCCAUGCACAUCCUGCAGCAGGCCGAGGACAUGGUCAAACUGAGAAUCCAGAAGGACGAGGACAACAUUGAUGAGUUGGAGAUGUCCGGCUCUAUUAUCUACACAGUUGAGCUGAAGAGAUACAACGGACCACUGGGCAUCACCAUUUCCGGCACAGAGGAGCCGUUUGACCCCAUCGUCAUCUCUGGUCUCACUAAGAAGGGCCUGGCAGAGAGGACCGGGGCCAUCCACAUCGGAGACCGGGUCCUGGCCAUCAAUGGGGUCAGUUUAAAGGGAAAGCCACUGAGUGAGGCCAUCCAUCUCCUGCAAAUGGCCGGGGAGUCUGUGACACUUAAGAUCAAGAAACAAGCAGACAAGUCUGAUGGCCGACAGCCGGCAGAAAGAGAAGCUGGGUUUCUGAGCGACACAGAGGACGAACUGACCGACUCUCACAAGACCAGUAAACACUCCGAGGUUUAUUCUGCCACUGUUCCCAGCAUAGACUCUGCCCUGAGCUCCUGGGACAGCUCGGGCUUUGACGCGGGCUUCAGCAGCCAAGGGACCUAUCUCCACAAAGUGUCUGACAUGUUGCUCAACUCAAAUGACUGGAGGCGCCCGAAGCACAGGAAUCAGACCAGUGGCAGCUCUGCAGGUUUAGUCCACCACACAGCACUGUACGAUGGGAGGUUCACUGAGGAUGAGUGGGACAAGAUACCUGGAUUCAUCAGCCCCCCUCGUUGCCAUGGCACUCUGAACCAGGAGGACAGCCUCUGGUCCCAGGCUCUGCAGGACCUCGAGACCUGCGGUCAGUCAGAGAUUCUCAGGGAGCUGGAGGCAUCAAUGACAGGCAGUGCCCUGAGUCUAUACCUGGAGGAAACCAAGACCAGUGAAGACUUCAUGUUUCAGACUGAAAUUAGUCCCAUUAAGACAGAGGAAAUCACCACCGCCUCUAAGAAUAAAAGCAACCUGAACAUGUCGACUGGAGCCAGGGGAAAAGGGGAGGCCUGCGAUAUUAUGUCCACUUCAGCUCUGGCACUGCACAAGGUGACGAUAAGGAAAGACCUGGAGAGCCAAGACUUUGGUUUCAGUGUCUCUGAUGGUCUCCUGGAAAAAGGUGUUUUUGUCAACAUGAUCCGGCCCGAUGGCCCCGCUGACCACGCCGGUUUAAAGCCUUUCGACCGCAUUCUUCAGGUGAACCGUGUGAGAACAAGGGACUUGGACUGUUGUCUCACUGUGCCCCUAAUUAUGGAGGCUGGAGACAGUCUGGACUUGGUCAUUAGCAGGAAUCCACUGGCGGCGGCCGACAGCGGGCUGUCCGACGACUGUGACGAGCCCUCAAACUCACUGUUCUGCUUUCCUGAGCACAGGACCGGCAGCGUCGCCCUGUGACCCCCAAAGACAAACUGACGGCUGUUAAAACACACUCGUGCCGAGACCCACAGACACAGACACACACACACACACGCACAAGCAUCACGUACGGUUCAGUCGGUCACAUUGUGAGGCCUUCACAGCAUGCAGAGCAUCCCCUCACUCACAUGCACAAUCACAACGGACCACUUCUCUCCCACCACCUGAGAACAUUUGUUACUCACACAGCUCACAAGCGCAAAUGCUCCCAGUUGCCACCAGUUGCCAGUUUUAGUCACUGCUCAGAGGUAACACCCCCAUACAACCCCCCACCCCACCCCAAACACCUUCAUUCUUUAGAGCUAAAUCCACAUGUAGAGUCAUAAAACAGUGGGAGUCACAUCUUCUGAUGGAGCCAGGAGAUUAACACACGUAUACAUUAGCACCAUCUUUUGCUUUAACGGGAUUUAUGUUCACUUACAUUAAUGUACACAAACAACCCACAUGCACUGCUUUAUGUUCAUAUAACACACACACACACACACGCACACACACACAGGGUUCCUGUGGAGUGAGUUAUUUCAGCCAUGUCCUGGCUCACUGCCCUCGUUUCCAGUUUCUCGUCCACGCUCUCUGCCACAGAGAAGUGACGGUGCCUCCAAAUAGACCAAACGCUCCCUGCGCCUUUCCAAGUAUCAUGAACUAGAAUUUAAACCCUCCUAUAUAUUAACACCGCGGAUGCUUGCAGGGACACGUAACCCUUUCUGUUUAAAGAAAAAUAUAUGAAAAUAAGAUGUUCAUUGACAGUUUUUUUUUUCUACCAACCUUAAAGAACCUAUAGCACGUUUGCAAACACGUUUUUCAUUUCCACGUAAUUUCUUUUUUGAAUACACAACGCACAUUGUUCUGUGAGUGCACGCCUCCCUUUCACGUUUUCGUACAUCACUGUGGGAGUCUGACUCUAAAGGUGUCUUGUGGUCUAUCACUGAAUCACAUCCUUGAACAAAAGCAGAGGAAGAGAACGGCUUCCAAAUUCCAGUGAUGAGUGAUUUCACUUCACAUCCCACUGGGCUGACUUCUCUGAAUCCUCGCUCUCCCGUCAGUGUGUGUGUGCGUGUGUGUGUGUGUGUGUGUAAGCUUGUUCAGCAUGCAUGAGGUUUGUCCUCGGAGAGUAGCUCUUUGUAACAAAACAAAAAGAAAAAAAAAGUACUGGAACAGUCUUUGCCUGCACAAUAGGAUCUUUGUGAAAGUGUUUUUUUUUUGUUUUUUUUAAAUCAUGAAAUUGUGAUUUAUAAAGUAUUUGUGUGCCAAUCAAGCUGCCUCUCUGGAAAUAAACACUAACAUGAUUGAUUCCAUGUUUAGGCCAACGUGAAACACGUGAUAACAUUGCUGCCAUAUUUAGAAAGUGAUUCGUAUACUGAGGCCUAUUUUAAAGGUUUUAUAUCCAUUUGCUGUAUUGUAUCUUUUUUAUUUUUCAUGUCAUGAUAUCCAGUGAUUUAUUUGUAGCACAUGCACAUACAAUGCAGUGCAUUCAAUGUGAAGAUGUGAAACCGAAUGUGGCCACACAAUUUUGGUUGAUUCUCACAUCCCUGAGUAUGAUUUCAGAAUCGUGAGAUUUAUUGGACGGACAUGAUUUUAUUUUUGUUAUUUAAUUUAUUAUAAACUAAGAGUGGUCUUUUUAUGGGAAUAAAGUAUGGAUGGAAACAGUA